ACAUGCAUGAUUAUAAGUACACACAAAAUCCCUUAACUCACCGUCAAAACAGAGUCACAAAAAUUCAAGUAUAAAAAACCAUAAAAAACAUUCACACAUUUCCACCAUCACAAAGCAACUGAUAACCAUUAAUCUUCAUAAGAUAUUCUUCUUUCCUCUGCCUCCACAUUCUAAGGCCAUAUGGCUUCCCACACCGGAGCAUUUCUAGGUUUUCUCGUCUUCUUGUCAAUCUCUAUGGCAGUACUUCAUAAUAGUACUGCCGGAGCACGAAACAUCCCGGCCGAUGCCAAGCUGGAGCCCGAGUGGUUCGGACAUUACGAUCGAUCAGUGUUGAUCCCAGGCAUCGGCCGAGUGAUGCUACCUCCAAAAGGGUCCCACUUCAACUUGAACUACAACCCCAUUACCGGUUCCCCAAAUGGCAACGGUGUUUCCAUCCCCGGAGUUGGUGGUGGUGAUCCGGCAGGGAGCGGAAGCCCCCGUAGCUAUGUUCCUGGCGGUGACGACACGCUUUUGCCCAACCCCGGAGUGGAGGUGCCAAACCCUAGUGGUGGCACUGGCAGCAGGGUUCCUACACCAUCUGGCCAUUAAUGACUUAUCUUAUUAAUUAGCUGGAUUUUUUUUUUCAAGUAAAAUAAUUAAGUAACUAUGGUUGAAAUUGUGUGCUUUAUUUUCAGUCUUUGAGAUUGUAUGUAUGUUUCAGUAUUUGCUAUAUAUUCUAGUUGUACUGUGUUCGCUAUCAAUAAAGAGAAUCUAGCUUUUUUGCAUCCUUUAAAA